CUGAGACAGACCCGCCGUUGUGGCGUCUCGAUUUCCAUCCAAUGAAGUUUCUUUGCAGACCGUCAUCACGUGUCCAUGACCUGUGCCAAGCGGUCAAGCCUUUUCUUAGGCAACCACCCUUAGAUCAACACAGCCUCGAAGUGUUGAAUACCGCCCUGUACUUCUGGCAGCAAGAUUAAAGCAAGACAGCCUCGCACUUAUCGAUGUCGAUAGUUGAGAUAGGAUGGGAACGUAAUCCAAGUCAUGGAUCUAGGCUCAGAACAGUUCAUAUCCCCGCCGAAUGAUUCAUCCGAUGGCACUUUGUUCUCUGGUACAUCUUCUGACGCAUCGUCUGCAACAAUCAAGUUGAUGACUCUGAGAGCGUUACCGGAGCGGACAUCACAAUCCACCUCGAUCACCCCAGAGCGGAGCAAAAAAGCCGAGAAGCGUGGAAGAAAAGGUCACACGAAGUCGAGAAGCGGCUGUUUAAAUUGUAAACGUGCUAGAAUUAAGUGCAAAGAGAAUCGCCCUUCAUGUGAUUACUGUGCACAUCGAAAUCUGAAAUGCGAGUGGCCAGAUAUCCACGUCAACCAGAUUGGGACCUUAAUACGAAAGCCGACCCCUGUGGUUUCUGUCCCUAUCAACCCCCAGACCCGAGAUCCAGUGUAUUCUGCGCAAGACUUCCGCUUGUUCUACCAUUUCAUCCAAUAUGCUUACCCGCAUCAUCCGCUUGGUAACGACUCUGUUUGGACACAUGAGAUACCAGCCAUAGCGUCUAAGUAUGACUUCCUCCUUAAUGCAAUGUUGGCGUUAUCAGCCGAGGAUAUGUUUGUGCUCCAGCCCUCAAGGGACAAGAACCUCCAUCUGAAUGCGCUGGCAUAUCGAGUAAAAUCCGUCGAAUCCUUGAGCAGAGCAGUUUCUGCUGGCAUUGAGUCAUUCGAGAUAGGCAAUGCAAUGUUGGCGACUUGUUAUUGUCUCAUGUUCCAGUCAGUCAUGCUCAACGAAGCCCUUGUCGAUUAUUUCUCGCACAUCAGAGGAUGUGUUUCGGUUGCAAUGCAGAUGGGCAUGAGAAAUAUGAAGUUCAUUUUCACGAAAGCUUUUGGCGAUGACCAGCUUGAUAUGAUCAAAGAUGAACUUUAUGCUGCACCCCUGAUCAAUUCCGAAGUUGUCGCCAAAGCCAAUAGGUCUCUCGAAAAGAUGGAGCAUCUAUGUCAGACGAAAGUGGAAAUUUCAAUGUUCCGUUUGCUUCUAAAUAUGGCUCGCAGCUUGAUCACUUCAUCUGGAGAUGCAUACAUAGAACUGCGGAAGAUUUAUUCUCUGUUCUCAUACGAUAUGCAACACGACGAAUUUCGCGAAUUUACCAACCCGGUAAAUGAAGUCUGCCAGCUUCUUCAGGCACACUUCGUUGCUAUGCAAUUGAUAAUGACUCCGAUCACGAAAUCAGAAUGGAAAGACAGGGAAUCUGCCGCUCGCGAAUCGGAUGAAGUUGGCGAUGGAAGUACAGGUCGAUGGCUGAAGACAUUACAUGACAAUAUGCCACUCCAUCUCAUCGAGUACUAUGAGUGGACUUUAUGGAUUGAUGACGAAGUGCAGAAGGGGAGAAUAUACAAUGGUGUAUAUGAAUGAUCGAGAGAGCUCUGGAUGAGGGAUAAAAACUUGGGCUACUUCUUUUCCUUCGAAAAAGUAAGCUGGAAACUAAGCACUGCCAAAUGGGAUUGUAGCUUCAAAAACAAAUUUCGAAUUCUUGAGUUUCUCCAC